AUGGCCACAGUUCUGCCCCCCAAAAGCAAGCGCCAGAAGCUCGCAGAGUCAAAGAUUUCCCAGGCACAGCAGAAAAUCGACCUCAUCCCCGAACAUGUCCCCAACGUCGUCGUGCACCUCCAGGCCUCCGACACCGGCGCGCAACUCGGCGGCGAGCUCCAUAUCCCCGGAAACACCACGGCGCAGCAGCUAGAUCUACUUGUGAACAAGCUUCUUGGGACAGAAGAUGACAGAGUCCCAUACACCUUCUCCCUCCUCACCUCACUCACAAACGCCGACUCGCCCAUAAUCGACAUCACCAACGACCUGUGGACCUCCGUCCUCAAGCCCGGGCACAAGACCACCGAGGACGUCCUCACACUCGUCUACACGCCUCAGGCCGUCUUCCGCGUCCGCGCCGUCUCGCGCUGCUCAGCAGCAAUCAGCGGCCACGGCGACGCCAUCCUCGCAACACAGUUCUCGCCCGCCUCGUCGGCGCGCAUGGUGACGGGCAGCGGCGACGGCACGGCGCGCGUGUGGGACUGCGACACCGAGACGCCCAUGCACACACUCAAGGGGCACAAGUCGUGGGUGCUCGCCGUGUCGUGGAGCCCCGACACAAAGUACAUUGCGACGGGGAGCAUGGACAACACGCUGCGGCUGUGGGACGCAAAGACGGGGAAGCCGCUCGGCGACGCGAUGAAGGGACACACAAAGUGGAUCACGGGCCUGGCGUGGGAGCCCUAUCAUCUCCAGUCGGACCCGAAUAAUGCGAGGGUGGUGUCGUCGUCGAAGGACCAGACGAUCCGUGUGUGGAAUGCGGCGCUGCGCAGGGUCGAGAUGUGUAUGUCGGGCCAUGCGGCGGCCGUGACGUGUGUCAAGUGGGGUGGGCAGGGGUGGAUCUAUUCGGCGAGUCAGGAUAAGACGAUCAAGAUCUGGAAUACGUCGGAUGGGAAGUUGGUGCAUAGUUUGAAUGCGCAUGCGCAUUGGGUGAACCAUCUGGCGCUGUCGACGGACUUUGUGCUGAGGACGGCGUACCAUGACCAUACGGGGCAGGUGCCUGCCACGGACGAGGAGAAGGUUGCAAAGUCAAAGGAGAGGUACGAGAAGGCUGCGACUAUUGGCGGUGAGCUUGUCGAGAGGCUAGUUACUGCCAGCGACGACUUUACAAUGUACCUCUGGGAGCCAAAGAAGGGAACGAAGCCCAUUGCAAGACUGUUGGGACACCAGAAGUUGGUGAACCACGUAACGUUCUCACCCGACGGAAGAUUGAUUGCCUCCGCCUCAUUCGACAACCACGUCAAGCUGUGGAAUGCCAGAGACGGGAAGUUCAUCUUCAGUCUUCGCGGGCAUGUGGCGCCUGUGUAUCAAUGCUGUUUCUCAGCAGACUCGAGACUCCUCGUCUCUUCAUCUAAGGACACAACCCUCAAGAUCUGGGACGUCAAGACUGGAAAACUACACACCGAUCUCCCAGGACAUCAGGACGAGGUGUUUGCAGUCGACUGGAGUCCAGACGGCAAGAAGGUUGCGAGUGGUGGUAAAGAUAAGGCAGUGCGGUUAUGGAAGUAUUAG